AUGGAGCUGAGGGUGGAAACAGAUGAGGUACCGUGCAGCUGCCGCCUCCUCCCUUCAACCACCUGCCAUGAUGACCACAUCCCUGUUGCAGAUGCGCCAGAACCCAGCAAGGACUCAGAGACCACCAUCAACCAACAGCUCAACCUGGAGCUCUACGCCUUCUGUGUCUACCUGUCCAUGUGUCACUACUUUGACCAUGAUGAUGUGGCUCUGAAGAACUUUGCAAAGUAUAUUCCUCACCAAUCUCAUGAGGAGACGGAACUUGCUGAGAAACUUAUGAAACUGCAGAACCAACGAGGUGGCCGAAUCUUCCUUCAGUAUAUCAAGAAACUAGAGCAAGAUGGCUGGGAGAGCCAGCUGAAUGCAAUUGGAAAAAAAAAAGAUGAAUCAGACACUACUGAACUGCACAAGCUGGCCACUGACAAAAACGACCCCCACGUGUGUGACCUCAUUGAGACACAUAACUUUAAUGAGCAGGUGAAGUCCAUCAGAGAUUUGGGUGACCAUCUAACCAACUUGCGCAAGAUGGGGGCCCCAGAUUCUGGCUUGGCAAGGUACCUCUUUAACAAGCACACUCUUGGAAACAGUGAUGACAAGACCUAA